AAUAUAAGAUUUUAAUUAUCGAUUAUUAUAUCGAUAACUACGAAAAUUGUCAAUCUCAAAUAAUCAAGUAGAAAGUGAAUUUCUAAACAUAUCUAGGAAGUUGCGAAUUGGCAAAUAAAUAAAUAUUUGAGUUUUUGAAAAAAAACUAAGCUAAAAAUUAAGUGUCGUUUUUCAACCAGCAAGACUCUUAAUUUAACGCGACAUAAAUUAAGUUGGCCCAAAUCUUGGGUAUUGUUUACUGCAAAAUUUAGUAUAUAGUUCCAAAGUGACCACGUCACAACGAUUACUUUGUGAAACCUGUAUAAUACGUAGCUUAAAACAUGAGUUCUAAAGUAACUUUCAAAAUUACAUUAACAUCGGAUCCUAAAUUGCCUUUUAAAGUACUCAGCGUGCCAGAGGGAACACCAUUCACAGCAGUGCUGAAAUUCGCAGCGGAAGAAUUCAAGGUGCCAGCAGCAACUAGCGCUAUAAUAACAGAUGAUGGCAUUGGUAUUAGCCCACAACAAACAGCAGGCAAUGUAUUCUUGAAGCAUGGUUCGGAACUUCGACUGAUACCUAGAGAUCGUGUCGGAAGCACACAAUAAAUGUGAUUGGCAAUAUUUUUUUUUUUUUAAUAUGUUAGCUUAACUGUAAAGACACAUUUUUGUACAAUACCCCAAUAUAGUGACAUUGUAUUAUCUUGUGGA